UUCCGCCAGCCCCUUUCAUGAAGCGCUUACUCUCAGCCUUCUGUCAUAUGCGCUACGUGCCUCAUCGCAGAGAAUCCUCCAGAGUAGCUCUGCGGGGCAGAAAUUACCAUCGCCACUUAACAGAAAGGGUAAGGGAAGCCCAGAGAGGGCAAGUAUCUGACUCAAGCUCACACAGCGACAACAGUGGAGGGGCUGGGAUUCAAACCCAGGUUUUUCUGAUCUCAAAAGUCUGUGUUCUUGACCGCCAGGCUGAACUGCCCUAAAAUGGAGUGGCUUUGGUGCUUCUGGUCUAGUUCCAGGAGUUCACAGGAACAGCUGGCCCCCGAGAGGGAGGUGCGGGCAUGGAGGCUGGCUCGACUCACCAAACAUUUCCAGUGCGGGUCAGGUCCAGCGCCAGUCGCCGGGACAACGGCAAUCCAGGGGUGGAGACAGAUGCAUACACGGCAGGCCGGAAAGGCAGUGCGAUUUGAGAAAAGAUGAACGCGUUGGCCAAGUACUGACCUCCCUGGCAGAAGGGGUGACCAACUUUCCCAGGGCGGAGGCUGCUUGCUCUCCUUGGCUUGUGGCCACACACUGAGACGUCUGCUUCCUUCCUCGCCCAGCUCUGAUUCCCUGCCUUCCUCCUCUGAAAUGCUUGGAUUACUCUAGGUCCACCUGGGUAAUCCUGGAUAAUCUCCCCAUCUCACGAGUCACAGGAGCAGCGAACCUACCAGAGACGAUGAACGCCUUGCCCAAGGCCACACGGCUGAAAUGGAGCUCUCAUUCCGUUUGUAUCUAGGGAAUAAAAGAGACGGUCGUUUCCAAGUGUCAAUCUCACCGAACUAACAGUCGAGGAUCGUAGGGAGAGGAAGGAGAGGUUCUACGGAUGGUCAGAUGGAAUUCGGCUCAAGAAGACAAUUGGACAAGUGUGAUUGGUGUAUUUAUCAUAGUCAACACGUUGGAAAUGACCUGACCAAUCACCAAGAAAGUAUUGAUGAAAGGAGCCAGUGCAUCAAUUGAUCGAAACAAUGAACAGCUAUUGAAACAGGGUGAGGACACCGAGGCUCAGAGAGGGCAAGCCACUGGCUCAGGGCUGCAGAGACGGUGUUCCUAGCUGUGCCCUGGGACCGAUUGGCCAAGGACCCCACUGGAGAGCUUUGGACACCCUAACAGUGAACGAGAAUGGGGGACAAGGAUUACAACACCUCCUUCUCCUACGACGAGGAGUACUCGGAUGAUUUUGAACCCAUCGUGGUUUUGGAGGAGUCUUCUCCCCUGGAAGGCAAGGUGACCAGGAUCUUCCUGGUGGCGGUCUACAGCGUUGUCUGCUUCCUCGGGAUCCUGGGCAACGGGCUGGUGAUCGUCAUCGCCACCUUCAAGAUGAAGAAGACGGUGAACACCGUCUGGUUCCUCAACCUGGCCGUGGCGGACUUCCUGUUCAACGUCUUCCUCCCGAUCCACAUUGCCUACACCGCCAUGGACUACCACUGGGUCUUCGGGACGGCCAUGUGCAAGAUCAGCAACUUCCUGCUCAUCCACAACAUGUACACCAGCGUCUUCCUGCUGACCGUCAUCAGCUUCGACCGCUGCAUCUCCGUGCUCCUUCCCGUCUGGUCCCAGAACCACCGCGGCGUGAGGCUGGCCUGCGUGGCCUGCGUGGUUAUCUGGGUCCUGGCUUUCUUCCUGAGCUCUCCGUCCCUCGUCUUCCGGGACACGGCCCACGUGCAUGGGAAAACGUCCUGCUUUAACAACUUCAGCCUGUCCGCGGCCGGCUCCGCCCCGUGGCUCGCUCGCUCCGGGCUGGACCCCGCGGGCCGCAGCCGCCACACGGUGGUGACGGUCACCCGCUUCCUCUGUGGCUUCCUGGUCCCCGUGCUCAUCAUCACGGCCUGCUACUUCACCAUCGUCUGCAAGCUUCGACGCAACCGCCUGGCCAAGACCAAGAAACCCUUCAAGAUCAUCGUGACCAUCAUCACCACCUUCUUCCUCUGCUGGUGCCCCUACCACACCCUCUACCUGCUGGAGCUCCGCCACGCCACCGUGCCGGGCUCCGUCUUCAGCCUGGGUUUGCCCCUGGCCACCGCCAUUGCCAUUGCCAACAGCUGCAUGAACCCCAUCCUGUACGUCUUCGUGGGCCAGGACUUCAAGAAGUUCAAGGUGGCCCUCUUCUCCCGCCUGGUUAACGCGCUGAGCGAGGACACGGGCCACUCCUCCUACCCCAGCCACAGGAGCUUUACCAAGAUGUCAUCCAUCAACGAGAAGGAGACCAGCAUGCUCUGAGCCUCAUCCGGGAACCCCCGGUGGACAGCCACUCCGGCCUCGGAGGCCCAGAGCUGUGCCUUCCAAAGACCACCGCAGAAACCCCCUUCGGCACCCACCAACGCCUGCUAGAGUUUACACGGGGCUGACCAGUGCUUUGAGCUGGGAGUCCAGGGCUUGGAACUCCGUCCUUUGAGGGGCGUGGCUGACUGUCCUCCGAGGGGCGUGGCUGACCAGGCAGGCCCGGGACCGGCAUCCCAUGCUUCUUGGGAGACCUGCCUUGGCUGACCCAAAGCAAAAAAGGGAGCAUUCUUAAAAGCGCUGCCAUGAACCGGGAUCAGCAUAAGACAGAGGGAUUAAGCUACCUAUUCCGUGCUCCCCUGGAAUCACAAACACGCCACGGGGCGUAUUCCUGGGCUGAGCAGCAGAGGUCAGGGCCAACCCAGUGUGAUGCAAAUCGCCGCCUCGCCCCACAUGCCUGUGUCACUGGCCAGCCAGAAAUCCUGCCGCCCGCCCGCAUCAUUCCUCCGGGUGAGGGCAAGUGGAGACGCACAGGUUACCUGGGAGAGGAAGGUGACACAGGCACUCGCGAACUGCCAGGACCCCGCACUUGGCUUUCAGAUCAGGUGGGAAGACAGAGAACAGGUCCUGAGGAGCCCUGUGGGCUCUGUGAGGGCAGGACAUGUGGGGCCUGGGGGAAGGGGUGGAGAGAGUGGUGACCGUGCUCUGAAGAUGCGGGCUGUGGGGACGGCAGGCGCGGAGCCCCUCCUGGCGCGGCCAUGCUGUCUUUUCUCACCUGGGACUGACGCCUCCCUGUGCCACAGUGUCGUUGUCCCAUUUACAGAUGCCAAAGCUGAGGCUCAGGGAGGGUGGGGAGUAACUCGCCCACUGACACACAGCCGGCAAGAGGCAGAGGUAAGAUGUGAAGCCAGCUCUGUCUGGCUCCAGAAGCUCUGUCUUGUUGUUGUUUGUUUUCAAUGGCUAAUGUAUCUAUUGAGAAUAUUCUAGACUAUAACGGUAGCCUACAUUUAUUUAGUGCUCCCUAUGCUAAACUUAUUCCUCCCAGCAGCCUUGACUUCCCAGUUAUCACUUCCCUUUUGCAUAUGAGGUAUCUGAAGCUCAGAGAGGUUAAGUAACUUCCCUGAGGGCGUCCAGCUGGUCCCUGCCAGAGCCAGCAUCGGAAACUAGGUCUAUCUGACUCAAAUAAGGCCGCAGGAUCAGGCUUUUGAGAGAGGCUUGGGGUUUUGACCACAAAUAUUGAUUCUUCAGCAGAUUAAUCUAAACAUUUCCUUGGCCUAUACACCAGCUUUGCAAAUAGUUUUUGAAAACGACCCAACAUGGCAGAGAAAAUACUCUUGGCCUCCAGUUCCCUCGACAUCCAUCCACACGCGCCCGCCGUGGUUCCCAGCUCCUGCGCCCCCUGAGACCUCCGGGAAGGCAGUGGGGAGAGAGAGGAUGGGCAGGAGGUAGUCGGCGGCGGGCCGGGGGCCCUUGGCCUCCCAGUGUCCCCGCUCUCUUCCAAACGCCAUCAUCGUGAAGCCAAUCCUCCGACAAGAUGCAGUGAACAGAUGUAAUGUCUACACGGCGUUGGGCGAGUUCCCGAGGCCCCGGGCUGUUUGGAAAUCACACCUCAUUAAGAGACAGACUGUUCCUUCCCUUCUUGGGUCAUUGUGCUUAUGAUGAGGCCAGCUCUGAAGUGACCCUAAGCCAGGGCGCCCAAUGGCUUCAAGAAAUCUGAACUUGGACCGGCUGGGAGCAAACACAGGGAACGUUAAAUAUUGCCCCGUGCCCCUCGUCAUCCCCCAGCCCCCCGCCCCAACUUCACAAGUGAAGCAACGAGAUGGCGUGGGACGGCUUCCAGACCCCAGAGACGGUCACCAGCCACGCAGGCUCCGACCCCCAGGUGAUACUUGUUCAGGCGGGUCCCUCACUCCUCCUGGGCCGCGCGACAAGCCAGGAAACCAGCUGGAUGAGCCAGCUGUUUUCCUCCUUAGGGUUAGUCCUCUUUCUGGCUGCCCCACCAGUUGUUCCCCAUUAAAAACUUAAAUGCAA